AUGAAACUAGGGGAAGGUGUGAAAGGGGUGUAUAUCUCGAUAGACGUGGAUUGUCUUGAUCCUGCAUUUGCUCCGGGAGUGUCUCAUAUUGAACCGGGAGGUCUUUCUUUCCGCGAUGUUCUUAACAUCCUACACAAUCUCCAAGGUGAUGUUGUUGCUGGAGACGUCGUUGAACUCAACCCACAACGCGAUACUGUUGAUGGAAUGACUGCUAUGGUAGCUGCUAAGUUGGUCAGAGAAAUGGCUGCAAAGAUUGCAAAAUGA